AUGAAAGUAUAUUUGAAUAGCCUUAAUUUUUUGUUACGCGCUACAAGGUUUAAUUAUGAUGCAAGAAUUCGUGAAAUUAGGCCAAUGUUGGCUAUUGAAUCGAAGUUUUAUAGUGAUGUUGCAUACCCGACAAAUAAAUCUGAUGCUACUCCAGCGCCGGUGAAAUCAGAGGCCCCGCUGAGCGACCUUUUAGGCCGUCGACAUGACUACCUACGUAUUUCACUCACGGAGCGGUGUAAUUUACGAUGUCAGUACUGCAUGCCAGCUGAAGGAGUUAAACUAUCGCCACGGUCAGCUUUGUUGACCCGAGAUGAACUGCUUCGUCUGGUCAAUGUCUUUGCCAGCUUGGGUGUGCAUAAGCUACGGCUCACUGGUGGUGAACCAACAUUACACUCUGAUUUGGCCGAUUUAAUUCAGAGGCUGUACAGCAUCCCGGGCAUCCGCACGGUGGGCAUGACGACGAACGGGCUGGUGCUGACGCGGCGGCUGCCCGCGCUGAAGCGCGCCGGGCUCGCGGCGCUCAACGUGUCGCUCGACUCGCUGCGGCCCGACCGCUUCGAGCGCAUGGCGCGCCGCCCGGGACUAGCGCGAGUACUCGCCGGUAUAGACUUAGCGCUGCAGCUGGGAUACCGUCCAGUUAAAGUUAACACCGUGCUCAUGCGAGGGUUCAACGACGAUGAGAUAUGCGACUUCGUAGAGUACACUCGCGAUCGAGAGGUCGAAGUCAGGUUUAUCGAAUUCAUGCCAUUCUCGGGCAACGAGUGGGGCGAGCGGAAGAUGGUGGCGCACCGCGAGGCGCUGCAGGCCGUGCGCGCGCGCUUCCCGCGCCUCGCGCCCGUCGUCACACGCGCCUGCGACACCGCCGUGGUUUUCCAAGUGGAGGGUUACUUAGGACGCGUGGGCUUCAUCUCAUCGAUGACGCAGCCAUUCUGCGCUUCCUGUAAUCGGUUGCGGCUCACGGCAGAUGGAAACCUUAAGGUGUGCCUGCUGGGCGCGGCCGAGGUGUCGCUGGCGGCGGCGCUGCGUGGCGGUGCUGACGACGCGCGCCUGCGCCGCCUCGUGCGCACCGCACUCUACAACAAGAAGCCGCAGCACGCCGGCAUGCAGAAUCUCGCCCGUAUGGAGAACCGUCCAAUGAUACUGAUAGGAGGCUAG